AUGACUUCCUCCUUCUCUGAUUUCCCUGCCUUCUACACAGCCCACCACGCCCUCCUGCACUCCUCCGCCUGGUGCUCUUACUACUCCACCCCCUUCCUCACCCAGCGCACCACAGCGCGCUUCUACCGCCAGCCCGUCCUCCAGGACCUCCCCGACUCCUCCUCACCGCUAUGCCAGCCGCGCCACAAUCCGGUGUCCGCACACGUCCUGAAACUCCCCCGCUGGGCCUACACUGUCGGGUGCACGCGCCGCAGGCAGCCCUUUCUGCCAUUUGUGACUCUUACCACAGUAGCCCUCAGCACGCUGGAGGCAACCAUGACCCGCCUGCACACGGCCUUCCCCAGCGCACUACCCCAUUCCGAAUCACAUGCGCGCUUCUGGCUUAACUAUUUUACUCCUGAGCCAUCUCCAUCUCGCCUGGAUAAUGUAUCUCCCCGGGAAGCAUGGGGGCGCAAUAGCUUUGGGAUAUUGGUCGCGCAGGGAAAAGUACCUCGCACAGAUAUCGGGGGGGGGGAGGUUGCCGAGGGAGAUGGCGAGUCGGAGCAGGUGAUGUGGUGUGGGUUGCCGGAUGGAGGGAUUGGAGAGCAGGCGUGGUGGAGGGGGUGA